GUCCCCUCCUCCGUCGCCACUGCCGCUGUGGCUUAUGCUUGUGCAGUCUUUACGGAGGUUAGCGCGACGGUGGGAGAAAGUUUUCCCCGGAGAAACAUCAACAUUACCGGUCCUGGAAACUACGAAUCCUCGGCUCUGGAUGUUUCAAGUGGAUGAAAGCCUUCGUUUGGCAUUCCAGCACCUCGGUUUCCGGAUACCAGCGCACUGUCCUUUUUUUGGAGGGGGGAGGAAGGGGGGUUGAACAUUUGGUCAGCAUCAGUUGAGCGUCUUUCUGUCGCGGUUUUUAAAAAAUAUAUAUUUUCUUUUAUCUGGGAUAACUUCCCCCUUCGUCUCCACUCGUCCCGCAAGAUCCGUUCGUGACAUGGAGACGCUGAGGUAACAAGGGUGAAGUGUCCGCCGCCGGCCGAGAGAAGUUGAGCUCCGCGCUCGAGUUCACCGGGGCCACUUCCUGAUGAUGACAGUAAACAUGGAUGACGGUCUCCAAAAUGGACUCCGACAGCCCAGGAACUUACAAGAUGACGAAGAGGCACUCAACUCAAUCAUGAAGGACCUCGCAGCCCUUGGUUGCUGCUACACUCAGCACAACAGCCACAAGCCCAAAAGCAGGACCUUACUGUACAAACAGUCCUUUCGAAUUUGAGAAUUAGAGAGAGAAUUACAGAAAAAUAGGAUCAUCCCAUUCCAGAGGCCGCUGAAGAUCAAAGAACUCCUCCAGAAAGUGACCGAGGCCUUUGGCCAGCAGAUGGACAUGUUCUUCAUGGAGAAAGAGAUGCUGUUGCCCCUCAAGAGCCAGGAAGACCUGGACCAGGCUGUGUUUUCUCUCGUCUCCAGCACGGUGACCAAUGGUCUGCUCAGGAUAUUGCUGAAGACCCCCAAGAACAACCAUUACCUUCAGGUGAACAGCAGAGACAAGCAGAGCGAGAUGAGGUCAUCGCGGUCGCUUGGGGAUCUGAAAGGCUCAUUGCUGAAGGGCUCGGAAAGGGUGCGCAAACACUCCACAGGUUCCCUCCACACAGGUCGGACGUCACCUCCCCCAGGUAGCGUCCCUGAAGAGCAGCAGCAAAUUGCUCGCCAGGGUUCCUACACCAGCAUCCACAGCGAGGGGGAGUUCAUUCCAAAAAUCCUCACAUUUCAGAUGUUGGAUCCCUUCGGGAGUGCUGGCAACUCGCUGUCGAGCAGCUGUCAAUCCAUCGACCAAGCGCUUGACAGCCCGCCUUUCUCGCAGAACAACCGUGACAAUAAUUACCUGAACCUCAGCUACGAAUACAAAGGUCGCCAUGGCAAAGGUGGGACUUUUCCUCGGCAGUUUCAGUUGCCCAAUCGGAGCAAAGACUAUGGUGAUCGUCGCAGGACACUUCCGCGCAGCUUCAUGCCGCAGGAAAACCUGUUCCAGCUGGUUCCCUCCAGCCGCACACGCAGCUACAAUGGUGACGGUGGUGGCGGCCUACAGUAUGGCGAGUUGAGAACGCUCGGACGCAAUGUGGACAAAAGCUGCCAGCGCACCACGGCCAAGUCCCCACGGGCGCCGGUCAACUGGAGGCAGGGUAAGCUGCUGGGGCGUGGUGCAUUUGGUGAAGUCUACCUGUGCUAUGACGCUGACACGGGCCGCGAGCUGGCUGCCAAGCAGGUGCCCUUUGACCCUGACUGUCAGGACACUAGCAAGGAGGUGAAUGCUCUGGAGUGCGAGAUCCAACUUCUGAAGAACCUGCGUCAUGAGAGAAUUGUACAGUACUACGGCUGCCUGCGGGACAUGGAGCAGAGGAAGCUCACCAUCUUCGUGGAGUUCAUGCCCGGGGGUUCGAUAAAGGACCAGCUGAAGGCAUACGGGGCUUUGACGGAGAAGGUGACGAGGAGAUACAGCCGGCAAAUCCUGCAAGGCGUCUCCUACCUGCACAGCAACAUGAUCGUCCACAGAGACAUCAAAGGUGCCAAUAUCCUGAGGGACUCCUCUGGUAACGUGAAGCUUGGAGACUUUGGGGCCAGCAAACGCAUCCAGACCAUCUGCAUGUCCGGCACGGGCAUCAAGUCUGUCACCGGCACACCCUACUGGAUGAGCCCGGAAGUCAUCAACGGCGAGGGAUACGGACGCAAGGCCGACGUCUGGAGUGUGGCGUGCACCGUGGUGGAGAUGCUCACCCAGAAGCCCCCAUGGGCCGAGUAUGAGGCCAUGGCAGCCAUCUUCAAGAUCGCCACGCAGCCCACCAAGCCCGCGCUACCGGAGGGCGUGUCCGACGCCUGCCGGGAUUUCCUGCGCCAGGUUUUCGUUGAAGAGAAGUGGCGGCCCACUGCCGACGUCUUGCUCGGACACCCGUUCGUCCAGGGCGGCUUCGGCCCCAAAUGACUCGGCGACCCGCCCACGACCACCAACACUCCGCUAGAGUGAGCACUUGGCGGCAGAGAGCUUUUCGGGCCCACUGUGCUAGCUUAGUUUCAUUGCCAUCAGAGCAGCUGUGAUUGGCUGUGUGGUAGUACUGUAUACGCCACUCGUUAGCGUCCGUUAGCAGGCGAUAUUUUUAUAUGACAACGCAAAAAAAGAAAAAAACAAACAAAAAAGUCGGCCUGUUUUUUGUCAUCGAAGCCUUACGAUAAUACUGGCGUUUCAGCGAUAUGGAAAAAUGGCCAAGUCGGAGCCGUAACAGGAAUCAAGUCUUUUAUCGUCCUUUCUCACGGAAAACCCAGAAAAGUGGCGCACUUUGACACAGCCUGUUGUCGACAUAGGUGGCAAGGGCAGAGUACCGCUAUCCUGAUAUCGGAAGGUUCCUGAUCGCAUAUCAAGAUAGGGCGAUUGUGAUAUGAUCGAUACAUUCGAAGAGAUUUAUAACCUAUGAAAAAAAAUGUCAGUGUGACUUCAAACGGUGACAGUAUCGAUUCUUGAUUCGUAUCAAUAACGUCUGGCAAGACUUCAUUGUGCGAUACGUCAUAGUAUUGAUAUUUUCUGCAGUCAUCUCCGAUAUUGUAAUACUGUCUGUAUCAGGAUAUGGUGAUGGCGUGACGAUUGAUAGUUUUUGUCAUCCCAGCAUAAAGUGAUAUGAGACUGUGAUACUGCCUCACGAUAUAGCAGCUGAGGUUUACGUUCCAUUGGCUCGUUUCAAUAUGUGUU